CCUCGCCCUGCGUCUGCUGUGAGUCCAGGGAGUUCACGGCGAGUGACGUACAGGAGCAGGGAUGGAAAGUCUCUUCCCACUGUCUCUGGGGAAGGAGCUUGAAGAAAAACAUGCCGAAGUGCUCCAGGCCAGCUCGGGGAUGUCCCGCACUGGGACGGGCCUGGCAGAGGCUCCACCCUGUCACGCUUUCAGGACCCACAUUUGUAAACACGAGUCACCGCCAAUGCCCGCACCUCCCACCUGCAGAGGAGCAGCUGUCCGGGGCUGCAGGGUCCCCCAGCGGUCUGCUCCCCAGCCUGCCACCCCCCAGGCAGCGGUGUACAGCGAGCACCUCUCAUCUCCAAGAAUAAACUCUGAAUCCAGUAGCCGUGUGGACCUGAAUCAUCGGGGAGCCUGUCGAGGAGGGGGAGUGACUUCCCAGGCCGGGCCAGGCCAGCAGGCUAUAUAAGCUCCGAGGCUGGGCUCAUGCUGACCUCCAGAGCUACUGCCUGCCGGAGAGCCAGCCUCGCACAACACCAUGUCCCAGGCUGGGGCUCAAGAUGCUCCCAUCAAGAAGAAGCGCCCCCCUGUGAAGGAGGAGGACCUGAAGGGGGCACGAGGGAACCUGGCCAAGAACCAGGAGAUCAAGUCCAAGACCUACCAGGUCAUGCGGGAGUGCGAGCACGCCGGCUCGGCCGCCCCAUCGGUGUUCAGCCGCGCCCGCACAGGCUCCGAGACCGUCUUUGAGAAGGCCAAAGCCGGACCUGCCAAGAGUGUCUUUGGCUGAGAAGUGGAGGCCGCUCCCCCACCGUCCCCCUCACCACCCUGGACGCCCACACACGGAACCUUUCCCAAGAACCGUUUUUAUAUGCCGGAACACGCCCACCCCCCUGCUGUCCCCCCCACUGCCCCGGCCCCUCAGCUGAGGACCUCGGCAUCAACACCUUGAGAACCCCAAUAAAGAGGCAGCCCGAGGGGCCCCCGCAUUUGGAGGGUGUUGGUUCGUCACUGGCCACGGCCGCUAACUGCACGGGAGGGGAGAAGAGGACGAGGGGGCAUGGGACCGUGUUCUCUGUUUUCUGGGCUUUUGUGCAGGGAGUCCCAGAGGAUCAUGCCAGUGCUGUUACGGCCUGGACAUGCAGGCCUGGUGUGGCCCUCCUGUGACUUCAUGCCAGCCCCUCUGGUCUGCUCUUUCUCCUCUGCACCAGGGGAGUUGAGAGCCCUCAGCAGAUCAGGCUGCAGCAACGCUCUCGGGUGAAGCCCCUCCCCUGCCUUCUACAGAACUCCCAACGGGCCCAAAGCACUGGAGGAACCAGGGACCCCAGGACCCCAGAGCCGUCCUCCUCCGCCCUGUUCACAUGGCCUUGUCAGCCUGUGCCCCAUUGGAGACAGCCGGAGCUCCGACCAGUGAACUGCCGUCUCCUCUUUCACACCGCCACACUACGCAGGGAGGGGGGUUCUCGGCCCCUGGGCGAUCCUGCCCCUGCAGGUCUAGAUCCCAUUCUGUGCACGGAAUUGCCGGGUUCCAAGGUGUGUGGCAGACCCGUGGACAGGCUGAUGGUGGCUCCUCCUGGGCUGUGCUGGCAGGCCCUGGGCUGAUGCCUGCUGGGCAGCCCCUCCUGCCCCCCGGGCCUUUCCCACAUUCCCAGUGCCUGGCCUCCUAAUAUAGCCCUGGUUCUAGGCUGGGCCCUGCUCUGCCCCUAGGGAGCAGACCUUGUGUGGGGACAGCCUGGGCCUGCUCACUGGGCCUCUUGGGGAGGCUCAUGCCCCAGAUACUGAAGGGGCGUGUCCCCCUGUGGAACCCCAGUCACAUCCAGAGCUGGAGGAUCGAGCAGUGCAGGUGUGCAGGACGUGGGCUCCUCACGUGGGCGUGCCAAAGAAGGGGACCACAGCACUUGAGGGUAGAACCGAUGCAAAGUCUCCGUGCCCUUCCCCCGGGCCAGACACUGCGACUCUCAGAGCUGGGGACGAUGGAGAAGACCUUUCUCCAGGACCCGUGAAACCCUGCAGAGGACCCCAAGGCAGCCACCCUGGGGCUGCUGUUGCUGAGCCGUCCCUCUUCCCCAGCCUAGGACUUGGCACCCAGCCACGCUUUCAUGGCUCGUCUGUACCCAUCUGUGUCACAGCCCCCAGAGCUGGCCUGCUCCCCCUGGCCGGGAGCACUUGCCCCAGUGGCUCCCGGAGCAUCUGCCAUCCCUCCCCUUCGUUGCUGUCCGAUAUAUGUCAGCAUUUCCACUUCAUUCAAGGCAGACUAAGGUCACUCGGUCCAGGCCACCCCGGCGGCACGUCCUUGUCCCGGACCGCGGCACCAUCUCCUUGUUUGCUUGUUCUCAAGUUCAGAGAAGCCUGGAGGCACGGGCCAAUAUGAGGACCCUGAGCUGCAGUCCACAAGCCCCCUAGGACGCCUGGUCUCCGCACGGCCCCCCAAGUGCACACAGAGCCACGCCCCGUCCCCCCUCGGGAGCCUGGUCCUGCUAGCACUUCCUUCUUUCGGCAUUUCCGUCAGUGAGUUCUCAGCGUUGGGAUUGGGCCCAGGCUGUGGCAUCUUUGUGACUCUCCCUUUGUAUUGUCAAAUGGUAGGUUUGGUUCUGGGGACCUAGCUGCAGUUGAACCUAGAGCCCUAGCUAGAUUUAUGGGCCCCAAACAGCAGCCUAGUUCCCCCAGGAGGGAGGGGGCUUCUAGGCCAACCACCUGUCAUUGCAGAAAUAGGGCACUUUUGACUCUGAUAAGGGCCCCUAGGCGCUCUACUGCCCAGUCACAUGCGUCUGGCUGCUGAGGCCCCCUCUUCCAGGAAGAUGCCUGGACUGGCCCUCUGGUAUUCUCGUCCAUCCCUCUUCCUCCUCCGGUCUGGACUAAUGGAGAACAGAUAGUGGCUUCCCUGUGUGUCCCCCCAACCCCCAAAGCCUCUUGCCGGAAUAACACGUGAGGGGUUGUGCUGCGUGCUGGCGGGAAGGUUCUGGAGCUUUCGGAAGGGGCACCAAUACCCAGCUCCAACCCGAGGUGCCUUUCCUCAGUACGUGUUCCUGCACACAGCCAAGGUCCACAGGAUAUUUGUCCACCAGCCUGCUUAUCUGAACCCACGCGGGCUUUGGCUUAUAGAUCCCCAUUUCUCAGAACCUGCCUCCGCAGGGGCGGAGCCGCGAGCCAGUUACUAAUUCAUCCCGCUUGCUGUCAAGUUCAGAAGCAGCCUGGCAGGCGCCGGAGCCGACA